AUGGCCAGUGGACAGGAUAAAGUCGUGGGCGCGUCCCUCCUGACGUUCAGUACCGUCGUCUUUGUGUACUAUACCUUGUGGGCCAUCGUCAUGCCCUUUGUCGACGAGUCGUACUUCUUGCACGAUUACUUCCCUCGCCGUGAAUAUGCGAUCCGCAUCCCCUGUGUGCUUUUGGUCUUUGGAUUGACCGUCAUCCUCACCUUCUUGUCCAUGGUCAUGAUCAAGAGCAAGAAGAAGGUCGAGAAGAAGAGCGCCUAA